AACGGUCCGUGGGGUGGAGGGACGUUUCUCCUCGACCUCGACGUUGGUGGACCCCCCCGGCCGGGGGUUUGCUUGCUUUAACCGAGCCCGCCAUGGCCGCCGUUGAUUCGCGCGCACGGGCCACUAUCACCACCAUCACAACCAUCAAACUCCCGCUGUGCGAGCUCACCAAGUGCUACGAGCCAGGAAUUCGGCCAGCCGUCACCCGGACGCAAGUGAACGAUGCACCCAGGACUUCAGGGCUGGCCUGUCCGUGUGCAACAUGGCCUCCGGGACGGUUAGGAGAGGACCGCCAGCCACCACGACGCACCCCAUCUCACUGCCCCAGGCUUCUCGGGCUCCAUGCAUCCAAGCACCAAAGGAGGAGGAAGGACGGCAUGGCGAGUCUCUUAGCGAUGUACAUCCCCUUCUGUUUCGAGACAGCUCUCCACCGACGCUCACCCAAACCGGAUGGGUCCCUCUCCCAAACCGGGAGCCUGCACGUCCGCUUCCUCUGGAGGCUGUUCAUGGCCAUCUCCUCAUCUCUGCAUAUGCUAUUGCCGUCAUGGCUCCACUCGCUGCUCGGUAUUGCACGCCCUGGAAUGCGACUCUCUAGGUAAAGCGACUACUCUUGGGCCGUCUCGUGGAGCGCACUGUGUGCACUUUACUGUGCCAGUAGUACUCGGUCACGGAGCAAUCUACCAGAAUUGCUCCAUAUUGGCGGCCGCCCCAGCAGCAUCCGGUG